ACUGUCUUCCUCCUGUCCCCUGACCUCUCCAUCCCACACCACAUGAACUGCACUCCUUCUCCUAAUCUUGGAUUUCUUCUAAUUUUAUAAUAAUGUGCCCUAGGAAUCUCAGUUUGAGUGAGAAGCAAUCUCAGCUCAGUGACAGCCUUGUAUGCACCCUGAAGCUUUCUUUCAGGUAUGAUACAUGAUAAACCAGACUUCUUGAAAGUGGAGAUGUUUGACAAACUGAGAUGGAAGGAAAUUAAUACUGAAGAAAAAAACUUUCUGUCACAGGAAACCAUCCAGCAGGAGAGCGUGCAAACAUCAUAAAUUAAUGCUCUCCUUCUAAGAGCAAACUUUAACGUUGCCUAGGAAUCUUUGUUUUAGACUAGUUUUUGCGUUUAAUUUUUUAAAAUUUAUUUAAUUUUAAUUUAUGUGCAUUGGUGUUUUGUCUGCAUUCAUGUCUGCAUGAGGGUGUUGGAUCCUGUGGGACUGUAGUAACAGACAGCUGUUAGCUGCCAUGUGG